AUGGAGUCCAGGAGGCUUCAAAAAGAGUUUGAAGAGCUUUUCAAACUGAAUGCUUCAGGUGCUCAAAGUAACGUAUCUGCCCACAUGGUUGGCAGUGACAUGCAUCAUUUGAAAGGCAUAAUUAAAGGACCAGUAAGUGAUUAUAUCAGCCAGACACCCCAUAUAGUGGAGGAACUUAUAUAGUCGACAUUGCUAUUCCUCCAGAUUACCCCUACAAGCCUCCUAAAAUGAAGUUUGAUACCAAAAUUUGGCAUCCUAACAUUUCUUCUCAAACUGGCGCAAUUUGUCUUGACAUUCUUAAAGAUGAAUGGAGUCCUGCAUUGACAAUUAGAACUGCUCUAUUAAGUUUGCAAGCCUUAUUGUGUGCUCCAGAGCCUGAUGACCCUCAAGAUGCAGUUGUUGCAAGCCAAUAUAAGAAUCAUCAUGCAGAAUGAGAAAGAACAGCUAGACAAUGGUGCCAAGAAUAUGCAAAAGAUAUUGAAGAAGUGCAUCAAGAGCAAAUCAGGAGGCUAAUGGAGAUGGGAUUUGAGGAAGAAGUGGUGAGAAAGGCAUUGGAAAGUGCUGGGUGGGAUGAAAAUGCAGUGAUUAAUAGUUUGCUAGGCUAA